AUGCCGUCCAUCGUCGUUGCAGGCGCGUCCCGCGGGCUUGGUUUGGAGUUCGUGAAACAACUCCUCGCCGAGGGCAACGUCGUCAUCGCCCUCGCGCGCAACCCCGCCAAGUCGAGCGGGCUCGUCGCGAUUCAGGACAAGAACCUCCAUGUCUUCAAGGCAGACACCACCAACUCCGCCUCUCUGAAGGCAGCCGCCCAGGCAACCGCAGAGGUCACCGGCGGGUCGCUCGACAUCCUCAUCAACAACGCCGCCUACCAAAACGACGGGCACGCCUUCCACACCAUCACCGAGUUCGAGUCCGACGCGGAGCUGGUCGACGACUUCACCCAGAACUGGCACACGAACGUGAUCGGGCCGAUGCUCACCAUCAACGCCUUCCUCCCGCUCCUCCGCAGGGGCGCGCUCAAGAAGGUCUUCUCCCUCUGGUCCGGCCUCGGCGACGCCGCGUUCAACCUCGCCUCGGGCUUCUCCGGCCGCACCGCGUACUGCGUGACCAAGUGCGCGCUCGACAUGGUGAACGUCAAGUACGCGCUGGCGCUCAAGGACGAGGGCUUCAUUUUCGUCGCGGUCAGCCCGGGCGUCGUCAACACCGCUGAGGCCCCUCCCCCGCCGGAGGUGAUGCCCCUCCUCUUGAAGCAGGCGCAAGACUUCCUGUCCGUCAGCCCGCACUGGAAGGGCCCCAUCGAGCCGCACGAGUCCGUCGGGGCCAUGCUCAAGGUCCUCCACGGCCUCAAGCCGGAGCACAACGGCCAGACGCUGAGCCACUGGGGAAACAAGGAGUGGCUGUAG